CAAAGUGAAAGCAUAACUUUGACAAAGCCAAACAAAAUUGGAUUGAACGUGAAGUGAUCGUAGUGCGAAUUUUUUGCUUCGUUUUCAAACUGCAAUAAUGCACAUUUCAGCUGAGGUCAGUUCGACCACCUCAAAUCAAACACAGCAGCAGCAGCAACAGCAGCAACAACAACAACAGCAGCAGCAACAAGCAGAGCCACAACAACCACAACAACAACACAUAACAACAGUAGCAACAAAUACAACAACAACCACGGCUGGCUCAACAAAGCGACGCAAUGCAGAAGCAAACAAUAAUAACAACAAUAGCACUAAUAACAACAACAAUAAUAACAACAACAAUCAGAAAACAAAAGCCGUGGACACGAGUCCAUAUCUGACGCCAGAGAAUUUAAUUGAGCGCACUGUUGAUGUCCUGCUUGCCGAACAUCCUGGCGAGCUGGUCAAGACUGGAUCUCCACAUGUGGUCUGCACCACUUUGCCCACGCACUGGCGCUCGAACAAAACGCUGCCCAUUGCCUUUAAGGUGCUGGCCUUGGGCGAGGUCAUGGACGGCACCAUUGUCACCAUACGCGCCGGCAACGAUGAGAACUUCUGCGGCGAGCUGCGCAACUGCACCGCCGUCAUGAAGAAUCAGGUGGUGGCCAAGUUCAAUGAUCUGCGCUUCGUCGGUCGCAGCGGCCGAGGCAAAAGCUUUACGCUAACAAUUAUAAUCUCAACGAAUCCGAUACAGAUAGCGACCUAUACGAAGGCCAUUAAGGUAACUGUGGACGGGCCACGUGAGCCGCGCUCCAAGGUGCGCCAUCAGGGCUUUCAUCCGUUUGCCUUUGGGCCGCAGCGCUUUGGACCGGAUCCGCUUAUGGCCGGAUUGCCCUUUAAGUUGCCAGGCUUCGCGCAUCAUCUGGUGGGCAUGCAUAGUCAUCUGCAUGCGCCGGACUGGCGAGCACACAUGGCACUGGGCGGACGUCCAGGAUUUCCAGCGGCGCCAUUCUUUGCGCAUCAUCAUGCGGCAAGUUUUCCCAGCGCCGCAGCCGCCGCCGCCGCCGCCAGCAGCCUGCGUGGACUUGGUGACAAUCAGCAGCCGCUGUCGACGCAGGUGGGCGCCGCGCAUAGCACAACAAGUCCGGAGGGUUCGCCCACGACAACGACGACAGCGACAAGCGCCACGCUGAGCGCCUUUGUGCAGCCUGUGACGACGACGACGCCGCCGCCGCUGACGCUGCAGCAACAUGACAAUAACAACAACAACAACAACAGCAGCAGCAACAUUGAUGCAGGAUUCGAAAGCGACAUCAUUUCGGUGACGGGUUCGCCACGCAAAAGCGUCAGCUCGCUAACGCACGAUGAGGAGGAGCUGGAGCUGGAGCCGGAACGCAGUCGCAGUCCAACGCUGCUUAGCGCUGAUGCCAGCAGCGUUGCCACACUAACAACAGCGGACUCGACGCCCAGCGCUGCUGCUGGCGGCGGCGCCUUCACUGCGCUCAUACAACGCUCCAAGAAUCCGAGUGAACUCUUUGGCGGCUUUGCCAGCGCUGCGGGCGCUGCACACUUUGCACCCUCGGCGCACAGUUUUAAUCCUGCGCUGGCUGCGCAGCUUUUUCUGCAGAGUCCGCUGCUGCCGCAGUCGAGUCAGUGGCUCUACUCGCAGCUCUAUGGCAACUAUAGUGAGCUGCCUUGGCUGCGUUCAGCUGCCGCCGCCGCUGCCGCCAGCUCUGCGCAGCCGGCAGAGAACUGCAGUCUGCCCGCUGCCGCUGCCGCUGCCGCUGCCGAUGCCGACGGCGUUAAUCUGAUCAAGCGCUGCGUCACGCUCAUCACGCAUAAUCCGCCGGAUAAUGCCGAGAAUGCCAAUCCGAACGCCAAUUCGCCGCCUGUUAGCUCCACACGCCGCUCGCCCUCGCCCGCGCCCUCGCCGGUGGAAACCAUCGAUCUGGACGACGUCAGCACCACAUCGCGCUCCGCCAGCGGCAGCUGCGGCGCCGGCGGACCCAUGCGCACCCGCACGCCCAAGCCGACAACGGACGUCUGGCGUCCCUACUAGCGGCUGGCGGCCGCCUUGCUGGGCAACUGCCUGGCGGCGAGCAAUGAACCCAAGGCGGACCGCAGCGGCAGCAGCUAGAGCCGGAGCAGGGCUAGUUCCGUUUAUAGUGCAUGGGGGUGCUUUGGCGGAAUUUCGUUAAUCAAUAGAUUCCAAAACUGAACUGACUUUCAAUUUACAUUACUUAUUUAUUUUUA